AUGGUUGAACAAGUAGAACAAAAUGAGAAUACAAAUAAUGGAGAUGAAAAGAAAGGAGCAAAGCGUAAUUUCAUCAUGAUCUGUUUGGCAUAUGUUUGUUCAUAUACUUCAUUGAAUGCGGUUAUUAGUUUACAAUCGAGUAUCAAUACCGAUGCAAAUAUUGGUCUGUAUUCACUAGCAAUUAUGUAUGGUAGUUCAUUGAUUACAUCGCUCUUCUUUACGACUCCUAUUGGAUAUAUUUUCGGAUACAAAUGGUCGAUUGUUAGUGGACAAUUUGGUGCUAUGAUAUAUGUUGCAUCCAACAUGUAUCCAAAACAAUGGCUAAUGUUUUCAACUGCAGUAAUAUGUGGAAUAUUUCGUGCCUGUAUGUUUAUGGCUCAAGAAGCGUAUGUUUCUAUUCUUGCUGGUGGUGGAAGUGAGGACGACGAUAAUGAUGAUGAUAAUGACACGAAAAACAGAAAAUAUUUUAGUAUAUUUUUUUCUGCAUAUCAAUCCGCGGAGAUUUGGGGAAAUCUUAUUUCAUAUAUCGUCUUAAGAAAUGUUCCAACAACUACAGAAACAAAUCUGGAACAAUGUGGAGCAAAUUUCCUAGAAAAAGAACAUGAAGACCAGCAAGAAAAUGGUCAUAUAUCUUCAACAAUAACAUACAUUCUCUUCAGUAUAUUCGCUGGAGUAAUUAUGAUAUCCGUGAUAUUGGUGGUUUUUUUUCUCAAUCAGAAACGUGAUAUUAAAAAAGAUAAUUCUAAAAAUAUAUGGCACAAAUCAAUAGAAUCUUCAUCAUUAACAUUAAAAACAUUGAUCAAACCUAUGCAUCUGAUCAUAUUUCCGCUUGGAUAUUGGACAGAAUCGGCACAAAUAUUCUUUAUGGGAUCGUUUACUAAUAGCUUCAUUACUUGUUCUGUUGGCGUUAAAUAUGUUGGGCUAAUUAUGACAAUGUAUGGUGUGACUGUUACUCUAUCUUCGAUAGCUAUCAUCUUUUUAGUCAAACGAAAAUAUAGUCGUCCAGCAUGUUUCGUGGUCGCAGCAUUGUUGAGCUACACCGUAUUUAUUGUUAUGCUAAUAUGGAAACCAGCAUCGUCACAAACUUAUGUGCUCUUCAUUCUUCCAUGUUUAUCAAGUAUUUCAACUGGUAUCACCGAGCCUUUUAUAACAGCUAUGUAUAAUUCAGUAUUUCCUGGAAAGAAAGAUACAGCUUUCUCAUUAUUAACAUUUGCUCAAACUGCAAGUUGUUUAGCUCUUCUACUCUAUGCAUCUGUGUUGCGUGUUCGUAUACAAAUUAUUCUCCAACUUAUUUUUCUUACUUUGGCCAUAUUAUCCUAUAUUAUCAUUUCAAUCAAACAGUAUCGAUCUUCAAACAACAACAAUGAUGAACAACAAAUCUCUGUUUUAAAUGAUCUCGUUAUGAUUCCUUCGAUUAGCGAAAGACUAUAG